UGGCAAUCACCUAAAAGCUAAGUGCCCUCUCUGUAGGACGACAUAACCUAUAAUAAUAAUAAGUACUUUAGUCUAUCCUCUUUGCUUGUCCCUCCCAGAGUUUUUGGGAAUAAAAUUAGAUAAUAAACUGUCUGGAACAUGUUCCAAAAUUACAGGCUUGUUAAGUAGAUUUCAUUGAAAAAUUGUGAAUUUCGAAUUCAGAAAUAACUACUGAACGGUUUAAUCAACUUAGAAAAAACAGUGAAACAAUCGAAUCAUGUCGACCCGACGGGAGAAACGUGUCCAGAAUUCGAAGAAAACAGAGCGAUCGACAUCUGUACUGCAGACUCGACUGGACUAUCUUCUUCAAUUAUUGGUUGAUCCGAAAAAACUAGUACUCGUGGCCAUUUUCUUCGUAUCUGUUGAGAUCAUAUUGAAUAUCCUUGUCAUUCACAAUGUGAAGUAUACGGAAAUCGAUUGGAGAGCGUAUAUGCAGGAAGUAGAGGGUUUCUUGAAUGGAACACUGGAUUAUAGGAAACUGAGAGGGGACACAGGACCACUUGUAUAUCCUGCUGGAUUUGUUUAUGUUUACUCACUGUUGUACUACAUGACAUCACAUGGAGUUGACAUCAGAUCUGCACAAUACGUUUUUGCGUUGCUGUAUAUCGUUUUAUUGGUUUUGGUAUUCAGGAUUUAUGCAAAGACUAAAAAAGUUCCACCUUACGUUUUAAUAUUAAUAUCCUGCACUUCUUAUCGAGUGCACUCGAUCUUCGUACUGCGACUUUUCAAUGAUUCAAUUGCCAUGAUAUUCUUAUUUGCUAGUUUGAAUGCCUUUCUGGAUGACAAAUGGUAUUGGGGUAGCGUGCUUUACAGUUUAGGAGUCUCUGUUAAAAUGAAUAUAUUACUAUUUGCUCCCGCGUUAUUAAUCGCUUAUGUGUGCAACUUAGGAUCAAUUCACACGAUUCUGCAUCUCACGAUUUGUGGUAUUAUUCAAAUUAUAUUAGGAUUUCCGUUUUUGAUAAAUAACCCGUAUGCUUAUAUAGGUGGAGCUUUCAAUUUUGGACGAAUAUUUGAGUAUAGAUGGACUGUAAAUUGGAGAAUUAUUCCACAGGAUUUAUUUGUUAAUCCUACGUUCCAUAUUGCACUUUUAUUCUUGCAUUUAUCUGCUAUUGUUCACUUCAUUCCCACGUGGAUGACGUACAUGAGGUGUUAUGCCAAAUUGAAAUUCGUGGGAACGAAAUUGAAACCACAGAUGAAAAAGACAACCGAGGUUGAUAUGUCCACUGUCAGUCAAUUAUUUAUUGCGCCACUUUUCGCUGCGAAUUUUCUUGGAAUUAUGUUCAGUAGAUCCUUGCAUUAUCAAUUUUAUCUGUGGUACUACCAUACACUGCCUUAUAUUGCCUGGUGUACACAUUAUUCACCGUUUACUAGGAUUGUCAUUCUGGGUGUUAUUGAAUUGUGCUGGAAUGUGUAUCCUAGUACUGUUUUGAGCAGUGCCGCUCUUAAUGGUUGUCAUUUAAUGUUACUGUAUGGGUUACAUAAGAACCGAGUGAAGAAUGAAAAAUUCGACUGAAUGGUAAACUAACAAUUAAAUGAAAGUCCAAAGAUUUGGAUAAAGGGCAAUCGCCAAUUGCGAGCUCAUUUGUAAUAAGUUCCAACGAUAACAUGAUUAGAAUAUGCGCAAAGCUUUUCCAUUGAAGGUCUGUCUGGAUAUUUCUGCGGAUAUCUCCAAUAAUUUCAGAUGAUAAAGUUCAUAUACCCUAUGAAAUUUUGUAACACUUGAUUUUUGAUUGAUGAUUCUAUAAAUAUGCUGAAAAAGA